CACAAACUGUCCAUUUGCCAGCGGACGUUCAAAGGAGAAACACUGAGCCACGCACUCACCUUGCUAAAAAUAAAUUAAAAUUUAAGAAAAGAGGCGUGCCUCCAUUGACCAAAAGAUAUUAACUAUUAUGACACAUCUGACCAAAAAUUUUGCACGUCCGGAGAAGAAUGAGGAGGUUGUGACCUUCGGCAGUCUGGAUCCGUCGGUUCAAGAACUUCUGACAGCUGCUUUCCAAGUGCGUCAGCGGGCAUACGUUCCAUAUAGUGGCUUCAAAGUGGGAGCAGCUUUUCGCGCCAAGGUCGGCGGACAGAUCUUCACCGGCUGUAAUGUGGAAAACGCUGCCUUUACGCCGUGCUCUUGUGCUGAGAGAACGGCCAUUGCCAAAGCCGUAAGCGAGGGAGCCACCGAAUUUUCCGCAGGGGCUGUUUUGGCCUACGAACCUGAUGUAUUCACCACUCCUUGCGGUGUUUGUCGUCAGUUUAUACGCGAGUUUGCCAACGAGGAUAUACCCAUCUACGUGGCCCAAGCUUUCGAUGCAAGGAUUUCUGAAAAGAAGGAUCUCUUGCAGAGCGAUGAUCCCGUUCUGUGCACCUCAAUCUUUAAUCUGUUGCCGAGCAGUUUUCACACCUAUCGAAAGUAAUGCCCACUGCAGGCAUGAAUCGCAAAGAGACAGAAGGGAGCUAGUUCAAGGUUGUUUCUCAACCCCUUACUGCCUCGGGUAAAUAGUCUAAUCAAUAUAAUUAUAAUCUUAUCACUUGCAAUAAAGAAAAUUACACUACUUAA